AUGAAUUAUUCAACUGUUAAUAUUGUUGACUUAUGUGAUGAUAUAUUACUUGUUAUUUUGAACAAACUCAAUAAUAUUGAUGUAUUAUAUUCAUUGAUAGGAGUCAAUCGAAAACUCGAUAGAUUGGCACAGGAUAUUACUUUUACACAAUCUAUUGAUUUAGUAGAAAUAUCAUCAAAUGAAGAGAAUAACUCAAAAAAAAAGUCAAUACUCGAUGGAUUUUGUAUUGAUAUAAUACCUCGAAUUCAACACAAUAUUGAAUCACUUACUCUUGAUCCAUUAUUAAUUGAUCGUGUUCUUUACAUUGGAAAUUAUUCUAACCUUCAUAAACUUACUCUUGUUAAUCUUCAACUUGAAGUGGCAUCCCGUAUUUUCAAUGAUGGAUCAUCAUUUAUUCAUAUUUUCAAACAUAAGAUUUUACAUCUUACUCUUACAAUAAAAGAUGGCAACACAGCUCGAUAUAUACGAAAAUUAUCUACAAAUGUUUUCACCACUAUUUUGAAAAUGUUUACAAAUUUAACUCAUCUUGAUUUUUGUUUAACAGACAUUUGCAGUUAUCCACCAAGUUCAUUUAUUAAUUUAGUACCUACAACAUCUUAUCCAUCAAAUAUUAUUCAUUUGAAUGUUAGAGUCUACAAUUUUGAUGAUUGUCUUUAUUUAAUUGAUGGACGUCUUUCUCAAUUACAGAGAUUUAUUGUUGAAGUUGAUGAUAUUUAUACAACAUCAAUGACUAUCAAUAAUAUGAGAAUAGUAUCUAAUCUAAAAUGUUUCUCGUUGACUUCAUUUGGAGAAACAACAGACUAUGAUAAUGAAAUCGUACCAUUACUUCGUCAAAUGUCACAAUUAGAAAAACUUACCUUAUCUCUUAUUGUUCAUGGUCGAACUUCAUUCAUUGAUGGAAAUCAUCUGGUUAAUCAUAUCCUUAAUAAAAUGUCAUUUCUCCGUACCUUUAUUUUCAACAUCAUAACUGAAAUUUUCACACCGGCCGAAGAAUUUUUACCAACAGCUGAUGAUGUUGGACAUGCAUUAAUCCAAAGAGGAUAUAAUGUGAACUGUUCUAUUGACUAUACUACAUUUAACAUAGGUCAAUGUCAUAUUUAUUCACUUCCGUUCACUAUGGACCGCAUUGAUAUACAUAGUAGUAAAUUUCCUGGUGGUUUAUUCAUGACUGUUCGUCACUUAGUGGCACGUGAUUUAUAUCGUCCAUUUGAAUAUGAUUUCUUUAUUCGAAUAUCUCAAGCUUUUCCAUUACUAAAUAAAUUGGUAAUAGUUAAUAACAAUGAACAAGAAAAGAAGUUAACAAAUCAACAAAUAUAUUCGAUUAUUGAGUUUUCUCAUCUUAUGAUACUUGAUAUAUCAAGAUGUGAUAUCGAUUAUGGCAAACAAUUUCUUUUCGACUUCAACACACGUUUACCUUGUCUUAAUACAUUACAUAUCAAAUAUAUUGACUUGGAGAUCGUAACAGGCUAUUUUACAAAUAAUGAUGCUCGUACUAAUUGUUCAAAAUUACAACAUAUUAUCUUUGAUUUACCACCAAAGACAUAUACAGAAAAUUUUUACAGUUAUUUUCCUUUAUUGUAA